CUUGGCUGUAAAUGAAUGACACGACCUUAUUUCCACGUCGUAUCUCGUCUCAUCUUCUGUGUCCCCUGUGCAUGUGCCUCCCGUCUUGGUCAGAAAGCUUACUUGCACCUUCAUCUGCUGCUCCCUCAACAUACCUACACACAAUCUCCGACUCUGUUAAGGUGCAGACAGAAUGAAUAACGCUUUUAGGCGCGCUGCGCUUGGAGUGUCUCCUGCUUUACGAGCAUCACGAUUGCAUACACAAUUUGCUUCUCAUCAAUUACCUGCGUUGUACAGAUGCGAAACGAAUCAAACACCCUUUAGACGAGCUUUCACAACGACAAGAUGUUUCAACCAAGAGGCUGCAGCAGCUGAGUCGCAGGAGGAAAUUGCACGAAAAGAAGAGUUGAGUGAAAAGGCGCGCACGAGGGAUAUGAAGAAGGUCACAUCUGGUGCCAGCGCUCAGACAUUGGAGAAUGACCGACCAUGGCAUAGAGUGGACUCGCAAGCUGAGAAGGAUUCCGACAUACCUGACAAGACGGAAAUGAAGAAGGGGCGUCUAUUGACAACCCCGACACGCCUAUUGAAGCUUAUCCUUCCAAUGCCCUUUCACCCUGCACAAGAACACGUCAAUAGACCAGUACAACAAGAUGUCGAAGACAAAGGCGAAACAGUUGAGCCACUAGCUCUCCUCGUGCACCCGCAUCAACCUCUUUCUUACCUCGAGCGAUUGAUCCAAGCUGAAAUCCCCCCAGUCCAGUACAAGGGCCGCGAGAAGCUACCUGACAUCGUUUUCCGAGCCGAAGCAGAUCAGGAAGAACAGCAUGGGAAGAAGGACGAUAAAAAGAACAGCAGCGUCAAUGUUGCGUCAUACUCUGGUCUUGGCCAUGAAGGUCCCUCCCGUAAAGAGGCGAACUGGGUGCGAUGGAGUGGCAGCACCGAGAUCGGAGACUUUAUUCGAGAUGCUGCUCGCGGUCGGGAGUUUGCGAUUGACGUUGAGGGCUUCGACAAGGAACUUAGGGUCGCAGUGCCUAGUUUCAGAGACCGAACUUAUUACAUGCGCAUGAACUUAAGACGCAUGUCACGCGACAUUGAAGCAAUGUCAAAGGUCAAGAACGAAUGCGACGCACUCGCGCACAAAGGAGCGCAUCGAUUGGCACAAGGCGGCUUUGCGGCAUUGGCUGGAUGGUGGGGAGUUGUCUACUAUGUCACUUUCCACACUCAAUGGGGCUGGGAUCUGGUCGAGCCCGUUACGUAUCUCGCCGGUCUGACAACUGUCAUGGGCGCUUACCUCUGGUUCCUCUACAUCAGCCGGGAUCUAAGCUACAAAGCCGCCAUGAAGGUGACAGUGUCAAAGCGACAAGCUGCACUUUACCAAGAGCGAGGAUUUGAUCAGAACAGAUGGGAGCAGUUGGUUCACGAAGCCAAUCAACUUCGAAAAGAGAUCAAGGUCGUGGCUAGUGAGUACGAUGUUGACUGGGAUGAGAAGAAGGACUUGGGAGGUGAGCAAGUGCAAAAGGUUCUCGAAGAGGAGAAGAAGGGCCGAGAUGGUACCAAGAUGACUGAGGGCAAAGAUGACGAAGAGGGUCCCGGAUCUGCCGAAGAGGUCAAGAAGAAGAAGCAGUGAACGGCGAGAUCUAGAAGUGAGUAGAUGCAAAGUUUGUACAUUAAACAUCAGAUCAUGGCGAAUGGCUUAGCAUUGGGGGCUUAGAACAUGCGACAAUUAUUGAUGGUGGGUGUGGUGACACCUUCAGAGGGAGAUUGAGACUCUGCUGUAAAUUGAACUUAGUGCGAUUUCGGAUGGGUUAUGGAGCACGCAUAGCGAUAGGCAACAAACAAUUGAUUUAAUGUUAG